CCUAGCCCCCCAAUAUCCGAGUGAAAGCCAAUUUUGUUCUGCCGAAACCCUAACCCUAACCCCGAAAGCGUCCUCCAUCCGAUUUGGUUCGUUCAAGUCUGCACUUCGAUUAGGGUUUAGAAGUUUAUUAUCAGAAGCAUUCCGAUUUGGUUCGUUCGAGUCUGCACUUCGGUUAAGCAUGUCGCGGUGUUUUGCUUAUCCCCCUCCUGGGUAUUCGUCGCUGAAGGAUUCGAUCAAGCUCCAGAGGGGAAUAGAGAAGGUCAAGGCAGAAAGGAAGAAAGAAAAGAAGAGGGAGAAGAAAGACAAAAAGAGAGAGAAGGGUGAAAAGAAAAAGCAGGAUGGAAGUGAUUUUUGUCAUGGGGAAGAAGGAAAGCUUAAUGAUAAGAAGAUCCUUAAAAGGGAUAGGGAAGGUUUGAAAGGAUGCUCCACUGAGAAGAGGAGAGAAAAUGUAGCUGAACAAUUGGAAAGAAGCGAUAUCACUGAAGAACACGAGCAGCCUGUCAGUUCACAGAAUGCCUGCUACUCAUGUGACAGCACCCAGAACAGCAACAAGAGGCCGCGGCAUUCCCCUCCUUUAGAUGAGAGCCAUAGUCAUGGCAAUGUCAUCAGGAUUCGGUUGCCCUUGCAAAAGGCCAAAGAAUCUGUUGCAUUGGCUAGUGAAGUACCAUCCAGCUCUAUUUCUGGAAGGAUAGUUUCACCUGCCCAGCCUGAUUAUGGAGCAGUAGCUCAUGGUCCCAGUCGAGAAGAGUUACGCUCUACUUCGAGAGUGACAGGCAUCAUUGAUUUGCAGGGUGUCACCCAUAGACCUGGCAAAGAACCAAGUUGUUCAGCAUCUGCGAGGACUACAUCCCUUGCUCAGGAUAACAAGCAGAAUGCCUCUGUUAUACCUGGCAAAGAACUGAGUUGUUCAGCAUCUGCAAGGACUACUUCCCUUGCUCGGGGUAACAUGCAGAAUACCUCUGUUAGACCUGGCAAAGAUCCGAGUUGGUCAGCAUCUGCGAGGACUACAUCCCUUGCUCAGGAUAACAAGCAGAAUGCCUCUGUUAUACCUGACAAAGAACUGAGUUGGUCAGCAUCUGCAAGGACUACUUCCCUUGCUCGUGGUAACAUGCAGAAUACCUCUGUUAGACCUGGCAAAGAUCCGAGUUGGUCAGCAUCUGCGAGGACUACAUCCCUUGCUCGGGAUCAGAUGCAGAAUACCUCUGUUAGACCUGGCAAAGAACCGAGUUGUUCAGCAUCUGUGAGGACUACAUCCCUUGGUCUGGAUAACAUUCAGAAUACCUCUGUUCGACCUGGCAAAGAACUGAGGACUACAUCCCUUGCUCAGGAUAACAUGCCGAAUGCUUCUGUUAGUAAUGGCAAAGAACCGAGUUGUUCAGCAUCUGCAAGGACUGCAUCCCUUGCUCGGGAUAACAUGCAGAAUAAGAAUACCUCUGUUAGACCUGGCAAAGAACCGAGCUGUUCAAUAUCUGCAAGGACUACAUCCCUUGCUCGGGAUAAGAUGCAGAAUACCUCUCUUAGACCUGGCAAAGAACUGAGUUGUACAGCAUCAGCUAGGACUACAUCCCUUGCUCGGGAUAACGUGCAGAAUGCCUCUGUUAGACCUGCCAAAGAACUGAGUUGUACAGCAUCUGCGAGGACUACAUCCCUUGCUCGGGAUAACAUGCAGAAUACCUCAGUUAGACCUUGCAAAGAACCUAGGACUACAUCCCUUGCUCAGGAUAACAUGCAGAAUACCUCUGCUAUCAUGUCAUUUGGAAAUGGGAUGAAGAAAGAAAAAUCCCCAUAUAAAGAUUUGUUUGAGAUCCCGCUGCCACCUUUGCAAAGCUAUCAAGCUGAAUUUGAUGAUCAAGAAUGGCUGUUUGGAAGAAAGCUUCAGGAUAAACAGAGGGAUGAAAGAUGUACCGCCAGCAGUUAUGUUUCCAGUUGUGCCACCUCCGCGUUGUGGCCUUGUGCUCAAUACUUGCCCGAAGCUGAUAUAUACGCAUUGCCCUACACAAUACCAUACUAAGCUUCCUCAGUUUUGUGCUUCGUUGGAAGGAGAGCGUAGCGGUGCUGAAUAUUCUUGUAAAGCACCACCAGUGGCCAUCUUAUAUAACUUUUCAAGCAGCAAGUGUGUCGAGGCAUGGUACACACGUUGGAAGCUCAGUAUCAUAAUCCAUGACUCGCCAAUUUUCUUUCUUGGAUAUUCAUUGCAUUUGCUAAUUGCAAAUCACGGAAGAGUGUAUUUUUUUUUUGGUUACUUUGAAUUCCAGAGUCAGAAUUUUGUAUUAUUUACUCUUGACCAAUUCUUUUGAAUCGAGAGUUUUUAUAUUCUUCAUUGUA